AAUUAUAUAUAAAAAAAGCACUCGUUACCAAUUUAAUUUGUACAAAACCAAAAAUCAUUUUUGAACUAAAGAGCCGCAUUUCGUCAGUAAUCCACGGAUAGUCGACCAAGAGCCAUGCAUCAAAAGGUGUUCAUUUUUGCAGUUUCUUUUUUAGUUGCCUAUUUGGGCUGCGGAGAAGCUCCUUUUGUUAAAAUGACGAAUGCAGUGUGCAAGUCCUAUAAUCAAUCGUGGGUAGUGGUUCAUUAUUGCCGCCUGAAGGCCUAUUCUCGAACCAAGACCAGCUUGAAUAUAAAUGCCACGUUCAUAGAGCCAGCAAAAAAUAUUUCAUUGCAUGCGAAAGCGAUGAAGAAGGCCAAUGGGUAUAAGCCCUUUUUGGUUGACUUCACGAUCGACGCCUGUGAAUUCAUGCGAAGGCGGAACCACCCGGUGGCCAAGAUCAUCUGGAAUUUGAUCAAGAAUGUGUCCACCGUCAACCACACGUGUCCUUAUGAGGGCUUGCAGAUGGUGAGCGAUUUUCACCACGUCGAACUUCCUAUUCCACUGCCAUCUGGAGACUAUUUGCUUUUGCUGGACUGGAUGUUCGAUGGCAAACCGCAGUUUGCCACGAAUGUAUACUUCACAUUUAUUGAGGACUUGUUGCCGACCAGCUCGAAGCACAGAAGGAGCUCCCUGAGUUUCAGAACUGAUGUUUAGAAGCCAUCAACAAGAAUUCACAACUCAGUUCCCGAGAACAUUGGUUUUGAACGGGUAUUAAAUGUAGGUCCUUUGA